GCCUGCGCAUAAUGUACGCGUAGUUUCCGCUGGCCUUGAAAAAGCAGGCGCACGAAUCACUUUUGAUUGGAAAAAAAUAUCACAAGAUGACUGACACCUGUCAGUUUGCUGAUAACAUGUCGACUAGCAAAGUGCUCAUCGUGGGGGCAGGGCUUACUGGUUCCCUUACUGCAGCACUCUUAAGAAGACAAUGCCAGAGUAUUGAUCUGACAGUUUGGGAGAAGUCUAGAGGUGCUGGUGGCCGCAUGACUACAGCUCGGAGCCCUGAUGGGUGCAGUGGACGGGCCGACACUGGUGCUCAGUACAUCUCAGCUAAGCCACAGUACUUCACUGAUCAUAAUAGUUUCUACAAGGAAUUGCUGGCCACUUCAACUUUAGUACCAUUUACUGGUGUUAUUGAUGGUGAAGUCAAACAAGAUGGAGUAAAGCAUUUUGUUGCCCCGAAUGGAACCAGUGCAAUUGCUAAAUAUUUCCUACAACAGUCUGGGGCUAAAGUUUGCUACCAAACCCAUUGUACAGAUAUCACCGCAAAUUCCACAAAACUUAAGUGCACUGAUAUGGAAGGCAAGCAGUCAGUCUUCGAUUCCGUUAUUGUCACAAUUCCAGUGCCACAAAUACUUGGCCUAACAGGAACAAUCCACGAUCUAGCUCAAGCUAAGAGAGAACUAUUUGAUGAUGUGAAGUACUCAUCCAGAUAUGCCCUGGCCCUGUUCUAUGCACCAGGGAUUAAGGGUGUUGACUUCCCCUGGACUGCAAAGUACGUGACUGGUGAUGAGUGCAUUAGAUUUGCAUGUGUGGACUCCAAGAAAAGACAGCAGGAUUCUAGCGUCAGUGGCACGAGUAUCGUUCUACAUUCAAGCGUCCCUUUUGGCAUCAAACACCUAGAAUCCGACCGCCAGGAGGUCGAAAACAUCAUGCUGAAACACACAUUUGAACUAUUCCCCAACCUCCCCAAACCGACCGCCACCAAGUGCCAGAAGUGGCGUUACUCACAGGUAUCCCAAUCGGUGAAAGGCAUGCCGGGAAGUCAAGUGCUAAUGACGUCACCUUUGUUGGUCGUUGGCGGCGACGCUUUUACUCACUCGAACUUUGAUGGCUGUGUGGAUUCAGCGAUGUCAAUUGUGCGAAACUUCACCAAGUAACUUUAUUCACUGAAUUUGGAAAUUUACUCUGAACACUUGUGUUAUAUUGCGUUUCCGAUAACACUCGCCAUCUAAAGUUUGUGGCACAGUCCAAUAUAGCUGCAAGAAUGUAAACUCGUCGGAUUCCUCUGACAUCCUCCAUUUAAAGAGUUUAUUCUUCUGAAAACUGUCAAUGCGAACAUAAAGUUCCUUCUAGCCGAAUUGAAGUGCCCGUGUACAAUUUAUUGUGUUAAAACUUCCAUCUCUAGAAAUCUCGAGCAAUAGGCCUUAUUCCUUCAACUAGAAAGGUGCUACCCCUCUCAAUUGUCCCAAAACAGAAGCAUUUGACGUGCUUUGUGACAGCAUAUGGUUGUCGUUGGCUGACGGGUGGAGUGUGAAGUUAUAGAAGUCAUAUGGAAAAA